CUAACAUAAUGCUAGCGUUUAUGUAGCACCAGGCUCUGCAAGCAUUGUAGAAACAACCGCGGAUGCCUCAUCUCAAACGAUAGUUUGUCAACCUAGGUCAUCCAUACCUGCGUUGCGCGCUUACCUGAAUUAAAAAUUCAAUCUCUAGUUCCAUUGUAGCCGUCUGCGCGUGCAGCGGCCCUGCGGCUGCAAGUCAGUCGCUCAGCCUAGAGAAAUGGCUUCGCCGUGAGGCGGGCCGCCCAGGCGCCAACUGGGCGGCUCGCUGCGAGGCUUUCAGAUAGAUAUGGGCAGCGGCGAUGUUGGUGGCAUGUUGGCGGUGUCCGCUGUGUCCGCUUCCCUGGGCGGCCUGGUGACGGGCAUGGCUAUCAGCGGCCGCCUUUUGGACACCGAGUUCGUUGCUCUGUCAUCCCAUGGCGGCCACCACCUGUUCAUAAACCGUAUCCCGCCGAGGCUGCCAAAGGAGGACGUCGAAAAAAUCAUCCUGGCACAGCUCCGCUUGCAGUUUGUUCUACAGGUUUCUAAGUGCAGCGUUAUCCCGCAAAACAGCCUCAAAAAUAAGGGCUAUGGCUUUAUCACGUUGGACGGAUCGCCAACACCCUCCGACCUGGAUGAAAUUGCAAACUCACUAAACAACAAGCUGCAGGUCGGCUGUAGGACGCUUGGUGUUCGGGUCUGUACCGAUUGCCAUAAUGCGUUGCUGGGCGAGGAUGCCGCAAGCGCGUCUUCAUCUUCGCCAGACUCUUCACCAUCGAGCGAGCCAGGAGGAUGCCAGUCGCCAGCGGGUGGUGACCAAAUUACUGCAGGCGAUUUGCAGGUUGUUAAGGCUGCCUUGGAGGAUGGUUCCAAAGCACAGCCCCCGCACCCAAGUCCGCCACAAGCGUCUUUGCUGCAGUCAGCUGCUGAAGAGCUGGCGAAGCAGUCUGAUGAGGAAAUUGCAACACGCUGUCAAAAAUCCGCCAACGGUGAGCGGUGCCUUACCCUGACUGAUGGCAUUAAGCAGCAGCAGCCUCACAACCGCAACCAGCAGCAGUGUCGGCCAUCCAAAGUGCUGGGCUGCAAGGGCAGCGUGGGUGGGCCUCGCAAGCAGCCCAGUCCACGUAAUGGAAAGGCAGACGCUGCAGGAGAGGAGCUCUUGUCGCUUGCGGUUGCGGUGCCAAGCGCCGCUUUGGACGAGGACUUGGUGUCACGCCCGCUCGUAGCACCUGCUCCCCCUAGCCCCUUGCUGCUGCUGUCGCCUCCGGCCGGCUCAGCCUCGCAGCCAGGUGAGCCGGCACGGCGUCCGGCAGCCUCGACAGGCGCAGGGGAAGCUCCGGGCUUGGGUGUCGAUGCAUCCUGCUCCCGCCCUCAGCCAAGCGAAGGCUUUGAGGAUGCCAGGGCUGGUGGUGAGGCGGCCAUUGCGGCGGCAAGCACGGAUGACGCUAUUUCCGGGGCGUCUAACCACGGCACUGGCGGCAGCACUCAUCCUUCAAACAGCGCAGUUUGUCCCUCUCCCGCGACCGGCGUGGCUGUGGCUCGCGCCCGGCAUGGUGGCGCAGGAGCGCACCCUCCGCAGCAGCUGCACGCCCAGCGGCAGCAGCGGCAGCGCCAGCAUCCGCAGCAGCGACAGCAGCAAGCACAAUUCCGAGGCGUCUCGUCGGGCGGCUCCGCUUCUGCCCGGGAUGCGCAGGACGAAUGUACUGCUGUCAGCAAUAGCAGUGGCCCGGCACCCGCGCAGCUGCCGCCACCACCGCAGCCGCCGGUUUUCCAACGGCACUCGUCGCCUGCGACUAUAGGACCGCCGUCCCUGCCUCCUCCCGUCUGCCAACCUCCACUGGCAUCGCAGCCUCAGGCUCUCACCCAGCGGCAACCGCAGCCGACUGCCCAGCAGUGCCUCCCAUUGCCGCCGCCUCCGCCACCGCCGCCUGCGCAGCAGCAGCCGGGGCCUCAUCCGCAUGUCCAGCCCUCAUUGCCCUCGGGCGCAAGGAGCGCGGCUCGGUCGCUGCCAUCUAGCGCCAUGCAUGACGGUACAGGUUCGGCAGGGUCGCAGAGCCGAGGCGGGCGGGGACAACCCUACCCUACUGGCAGCCAGUUGAGGCAACCGUCCCAGCAGCAGCAGCCCCGCCAAUCCCAGCAGCAGCCGCAACCUGCAUGGCAGCCGGUGGCGGGCCUUGGCUGCGUGGAACGUGGUGGGGGCGUUGAGUCGUAUCCCUCUGCCUCCGCGCGGUGUCCCUCCCGCAACAGCACGUCGUCGUCCGCGGCACCGGCCCCACUGCAGCCACUGCUGCACCAGCCGCAUCACUACCCCAAGCAGCAGCCACUGUACAUGCAGCAGCAACAGCAGCCCCAGCACCACCACUCCGGCACGUACUGCGCCAACGCUAGGCCGGUUGGGGCGCACGCUAACACUGUCGGUCGUAACAGUGGCAGCGGUGUUGCUCCUGCUGGUGAUACGGGUAUGCCGUACGGCGGUUUUCGGCGGCUGUCAGCGCAAUCAUCUGCUCCAGAGCUAGACUACGGCUCGCCGUUUCUAGGCCCUCAAGCGGCUUGGACCAGCAACGGUGGUAGCCGCAAUGUUAGCGACGGUAGCGGCGGCGGCGCCAGCAGCGGCAAUGGCAUUGGCGGCUGGAGGGAAUCGGACGGUGCUUCCGGUGGUGUUAGGGGAGGAACUUCGGCUAUGGGUCAGGUUGGGGACGCUUCCUCUCUACCUUCCUCCCACUCAGAUCACUCCAAGCAUCAGCUCCAGUCGAGAUCCAACCGCCAGCUGUCGUACCCGCAGCAGGUGCACCCACCGCCCCAGCAGCAGCCUCAGCAACGCCUAUUCCGGCACCAGUCGACCCCCUCAGGACGGCCGUACAUCGCACAGCACAUGCAGCUGCCGCCCCAGAGGCCGCUGCAUCCCCAGCAGCACCCGCGUGCAGGCCCGCACUCGCAGGCCGUGCGACCCCAGCAGCACCCGCAGGUGCAGCCGCAGGCGCUCGGCUACGGCCCAAGGCGCAGGAUGUACCCUCAUCAGCAACAACCGCAGCAGCCCUACAACGGCUCAGUGCCGCGCGUGCAGCGCUACCAGCAGCAGGACCUGCCGGAGUCGUGUGUGGGCAAGCAAGAGCACAGGCUGAGCAGCGGCGAUGGCAGGAGUAGCGGCAGCGGCGCGCCUGUGAAGAUGGGCGCUAAUGCAGCGCUAGCACCGCCUGCGCCGCCUGCCGUGCCGGCAGCAUCCUCUGGCUGCUUUACGUCUUCUGCUGGGCCUGGCUCUGCCUCUGGGGCUAAACAGCAGCACCCCGUUGCAACUUCCCCAGGCCGACGCGUGCCGAGCCACGUACCUCUGCCGUCCUCCGCCGUACCUCCACCACCCGUGCAUGGUGGGUGGCUCACGCGGAGCAGCAUGGACCAGGGCGACAGAGACGGCUGCCUGGGCAGAGCAGCGACAGAGACCAUGCCGUCACUCACCGACAUGCUGCCUUCGCACCCACCGCAGCCCUUUGGAGGGCCGGCGAUGCCGCUGGGACUGCCGCCGCGGCAGACAUGUACAGAGGAGGCAAUGGCGGGCGGCGAGGCGGUAUUGCUCAUGCGACGCGGGAGCUCGGACGGAUCCAGGCAGCGCGAUCUGGAUCUGGGCACGGAUCUGGAGCUAGAGCUGUCCGAUUCGGCAGAGCUGAACCCGCUUCACCUGGAGCCCAUGAUCCUGCAGCUGCUGGAGAAUGAGGACGAUGACGACCUGGUAGGUCCCGCGCUCAACCCCAGCAGCACCAGCAGCAGCAGCUACCGCCAACGGCACCUGCAUGGGCAGCCGGGAGGACACAGCCAGCAGUACCCCCACACGCAGCAGCCUCGUCAUCCGCAGCACAUGGCCUCAGCCGCCGCAGCUCGGCAUCAGCACGUGAACUCGGAAGGCUUCGGCGGCAGCAAUGGCACGGGCACGGGCACCGCCUUGAGCAGCAGCGGCGUUACUCCGUUUGCGCAGCUGUCGACCGACAACAACAACCACGGCCACCAGUUCGGUCAUCAGCACUACCACCACCAGUAUCACCUCUUCCAGUACCAUCAGCACCAGCAACGCCAGCAGCAGCAGCAGUUCAUGUACGGCAGCCUGCCGGCACGUGGUCCGGUUCCCGAGCUAGCAUCCUCCUUGGAUUUGGGGCCCUGGGCCCUAGGCCGUUCCAAAUCCGUAUGCGGGGACCCAGACUAUGCUGAGGAUGAUGCUAGCUUGGCUACUGCUGCGGCGGCGGUGUCGGCGGUGCCGGCCGUGGGAGCUCCACACUCCACGAGUGGGGUGACGGCAGCUUCUGCGGCGGUGGCCCUGUGGGCCGGUGCGCCUGCAGGGCCCUGUGCGGCAGGUGCCCUGGCCGGCGCUGCAGCUUCUAGGGUCGCAGCAUCCGACGCAGCCAGGGGCGCCUGGUUUGGCAACCGCAGCUGUGGCGGCGGCAGUGCUGUGAUGGAUAGCAGCAGUUGCACUGGCGGCAGCGGUGCUGGGCAGUUGGCGAUAGCAAAGGCCGUACCCGCUGGUAGUGAGCUUUUCCUGGGCGGUUCCCGCGCGGUUGGCGGAAGCGGCGGCUUCGGAUGCUUUGGAGGCGUCGGGCUCGGCGGGGGCGGUGGUGGUGUUGGCUGUGGGAGCUUCGAGCCGCCCUGUUUCCUGGCCAGCUCACUGCCUAACCCCAGCUUGUUGGCGGUCAUGCAGCGGUUUGAUGCUUGACGCGGCAUGGCGGUUGGGUGCGCUCCGCGUGAUACUCUUUGUGGUUGGUUGCACCCUGGACUAGAGGCGGCAGGGUUGUUGCCUGAGGCUUUGCAAAGGUUUGUGAAGGGUGGCGUGUCUAGGGGGUUCGCGCAAAGCUAGUUGAGAAGAGAGGAAGGGUUGACUCACAUUGAGGACUCUUUGCUGUAAGAGAAGACGUGGAGCCAUGGUUUUGUGACUCUUGUUGCGGCCGUGUGCAUGGCUUCCCCGCGAUGCUAAUGGCGAUGUAGCUAUUGCUCGAUGUUGCUGUAGGUUCGGAAACACAGUAGUCAUAUGAGUACAUAAGAAGCGAUUUGACGAGGGCUUGGUUGCCGGUUUCUUGUGCCGCAACUUGCCCCUGACUUUGGUCGUGGACCGCAGUGAUUGUUCGUAAGCUUGGCCGCCUGCUUCAUUGCUGACAGGGGGCAACCCUGCGUGGUUGUUUCCACGAAUGAUUGACCGUUACAGUGGUUCCCAAGAAGAGGUCAGAGGUUGAGGAGUCGGAUAGGUGGCGAUCGUAUUGUUGGGGCGGGAGUUAGUAGGCUUGCAAGUGGCGCAUGCCAACUUAGCUUGCAGUCGCGGGUCUGUUGUGCCUUGCGCCUGUAGCCUUAGGAAAGGAAUAUGAACCGGGUACGUUGAUUCUUACGUCUGCUGGUCGGUUUAUAGCAAAUUGGCUGGUGCCUUCCUUCUGUUGCAUCGUCCGUUUUGCGAUGUGAACAGUUGGGACGCGCCGUACCUAAAGCCUCCUUCGCACCAGAAGCUGUGGCAGCGGUGAGCGCUGAUGUAGGGGGAGCGCUGUUGGUCCUGUUGGGCCGCCGUGAGGGGGCGUGGCGCCUGCCAUGUUGUGUAUCUUGGCCAGCUCCAGCAUGAGGCUGCGGUGCGAGUUUUGCCCGAAGGUUUCUUGUGCCGAAGGGCUGCUCUGACGAGCGGUGUCGUGUACGGACCUCAAGUCUCUGUGCGGCGGCUGCCAGGCGUUUCUUGUGCGCCUGGGAGCCGCAGCGUUCGUGAUCGAGACUUGUUGAAGUGGGUGCCGUCUUUUAGACGCGUGUAUGCGCUGCCCUCCUCCGCCUGCUACCGAGGUCUGAACUAGGUGCGCGCUGACGAGGAUGUGCUGACGAGGGGCUUUUCGGUUGAGAUGGUGGCCGUUAGCACGUUGCGUGCACGGCUGUGGUAGCAUGUUGGGAGACGUGUCCCUCGGAUACCGGAUACGUAGACAGUGGAACGGCCAUGUUGGGUGGAUGACGCAACACGGCGGUUGAGUUGGCACGGUUUCGGAGGAGGACACUUCAUGAGGAUUGGGUGGGACGAGGGUUCCUAGGUUUUCUUUGCUGCAAAUGCUGCAAUAUAGGAAUCCGUUGGACGGCUCAUCAUUAAGGCCUGGUUAACUGCCGAGUAAUUCUUUUUGGCUGUCACUUGCUGUUUUGCGUAGCAGCUAGACGCGUCUGCUGCUGCUUCCUUGCUGCAGAUAGCCAGCUCUGCUAGUCGCAAAGAUUGACGACGCUUCUUGUUUUCACGGACGCGCAUGUUCGAGAUCGCGUUUUAGAUAAUUUUGCAUGGUGCAGGCAAUGAAGAUCGAGUUGCGUUGGUCGUUGCCUGCUGUAGCGGAUUAACGGUGCAGUAUGGGCUUUUACGCAGAUGGGGAGAACACAGGAUGGUUUCGGACUGUCAGUGACGAUUUGAGAUGUUAUUCAGGCUUAAGGUUCGUGGCGUUUUGUUACUAGAAAAGAAGACGGGGCUUCAUUUGCGGCAUAUACCGGUAGCUGGAGGUCUGUUGCCGCCUCCCAUGCUAGAUCUAAGCUGCGAUCCCCGUACACGGCUUCCCCCUUCAUGGCUGUCUAAACCCUGGUCCUGACAUGGCCUUACUAAUUGGUGGAUGGUAUUCGCAAGACCUUUGUUGGUGGUUUAUGUUUAUAGUUGAAUAGCCUGGCAUAACUUUUUGUUAGCAUUCCUGUCACAUUGUGGCGAUGGUUUGACGGGGCCCUGAAGUUCUAAGGCCCCGGUAUGUAGUUGCCAGUGAAGCCACAGCAGGUGCCAUGAGACAGUACGGUUAGUGGUGGUGAUAUACUGUUGGGUAGGAGUUGUCAAACCAAUAGGAUGCGGGGCGCCUGGGGUUAAAGACGCUUGUCAGUUGCUUGUCAUUUUGGAACGAAGAAGAGCAAGGACGCGUCAGGCGGCUUAAGGUGUAAGAACGGUGCGCGGGG